CAGCAGGUCCCAAGUAUUGAUAACCAGAAGGGGCCUGGAUGUUUGAAACUCACCUCAACUUUGAAUAUUGAAUCACGAAUGACUUUUGGCGCAAUGACUACAUCUAACCUCCAUAACUAUGAUUUUUACCCUAAAAGAAAAUCAAUUGUCUGUUAUCUGUCAAAUCACUUCGUAAAAUUGCAACAUAUAGGUUGACUUGCUCACCUGAGCCAUAACAAAGACUUUUAACCUUUGUUGAAUAUUAUGAUGCGAGCCCAAAAUAAUCAAUUGGUGGUUAACGUAAAGACCAUCAAUAUGUUGAAGACAGGUAGUCCAGGAAUGCUGAAUACUCAUUUUUGGCACCGCUCGUCACGGUGGGAUUUUCAAGGUUGACACACGUUCCAAUGGUCGUUUUUGGCGGGCUUGUUUUCACAGUCGGCAUUCUUUUGUCUGCUUUAUUUAUUAUCUGGAAAUUGUAUAAUAAGUCAGUUAAAAGAGGUUUUAUUUUGAUAUGAAGUUCCCAAAAAACGGAAGAUACUAGGGGAACUUGAGAGAAGUCGGUGUAAAUGUAGGUGACAAAGCACUUAACUGUCGCCGUUCUCUGUAGACUUUUCUUACAUAUUUGUUAUGAAUUAAGGUAAAACUUACAGUGAUAUUACAGAGAGGUAAUGCCUGUGUCUAAAAACCGGGAACAAAUUAACAGCGAAUUUGUUGCAUUACCUUUCCCAUUACAACGCUUACUCACUACUUGUCAUGUCGGUAAGUAACUAUGCGGUAUCGUAAACUUUGGCAUGAUCUUUUUCACAUAUAUUGAACGAUAAUCAUUUAGCUGUUAAUAAACCUUGUGAAUGAGAAACAAAAAAGUAUAGUCUUACUGAUACUGUUGUGGGAUCUAAGCUUAGUGAUACUCCACUUUGCGGCAAUCCCCAUCAACGAUAACUUUAUGGUCAAGUGCGGUUUUAUUAUGUUCGGUAACAUUAAUCUUCUGGACGUUCUCAACUGGUUGUCUACCAGCCUGUCUAUCACUGCCGUCUAAAAUACGAAAUUACUCAUUUUACUAAUGCCUCCAAUUCCUCUUCGAUUGAUAAUGGGAACUGUUAGCUAAAUGGCCCAUCGCCAAGUUUAUUUUUGACUGAUGAUCAAACAUAGUGACAACAUUUGCUUUAUUCUCCGUCACAUCAGUAGCAUUGGCUGACAGUUUAGCUAUGUUUACAUUUAUUUCUGGUAGUCUAAAAGAUUAAAAAGUAUUUCAAACCAAACUUAUCCCAAUUCGCUCUGUUACCUCGAGUCGAAGUUCCUGAUGAUGGCAAUAACUAACUGCUUGAACUAUUCCGUGCAAAUUUGUAGGGAUAACAGGUCUAUUUUGCAAUUAGGGAACUCGGGGUUUUUAGCAGCUUAAUUCUCGGAUAUUUCACCUGGCUGUACCCAGUCUGCAUUUCUGUUAUAUCUAAGUCGACAGAAUCAUACAAGUUACUACAACUUCCAACCUAAGGGACAGACAAGAGGGAAUGUCUGUCAGGCUGAUUCAAAUAAUUCUGUUAGUUAACACAAACAACAUGCUUUAGUAGUGCUUGAAAUGUAGUAACCUCCAGUAGCCACACCAUCUCAAGGCUUCUGAACAAUUGUAGGCAAAUAAAAAUCAAUUAGUAACUUGUUCAAUUAGGAAUUAGUGAAUUCAAAAUCAGUUCCAUUAAAUUCUUCAACCAUAAAGGAGCAGGAAAAUGUCCUAAUCAUAGAGUUUGUGAAGGAUGAAGGUAUUAAAACUAAGAAACUUAGUUCCACCUUGAAUUCACUGCGAAAGUACUUUCUGCGCUCGCCUAUCAGCUUGAGAAGUGUGUUGAGAACGUGUAAAAUGUCCAGCCGAUGUUUACUAGCAGUGGUGUUUACUAUCACAUCAGAUUACAGACAAAUCCACCAAGAUGUGUCGAACUAUAUCCUCAAAGCCUUUUUUUUCUAUCAUCACUAAUGCUGUUGCUACCUCUAUUACUCUGGGAUUUUUCUUGACGAUUUCAUCUUACCGUGCUAGUAGGGUGUCGCGGCUUUAAUUAGUGUAUACUUGUGACAGGUUCUACGUUGCGUAUGACCGAUUAAUGUUGUUUUCUACUUUCGUCUAAUUUCGUUUAUCCACGUCUCAAAAUCUGUGGAAUUUUAAGUUUCGAAAAAUCGUUUUCCAUGUUCUCUGGAACAAUUGUGUUUAUUAAAAAUACUCUCUCCUUUAAGGUGGACAGCGCCCACACGUACAUCCAGCUGCUGCUGGCAGAGUACGUCGUCGCAUUGGAAAUGUAGGUGGACAGCGCCGUUUGGCUGCUCGGAUGAGAGAUGCUUCAGAAUCUGAGGAGGACGAUAGGCGUGUUAGAAAUGUCAUGGAAAAUGUAGACAUCCAGCCUUCAGAUACAGAUCAUCCAAAAGAAAGUUCAAAGAAAGUUGGCUCCAAAAAAGCUGCCAAGUUAGCUGAAAAGGAACGUCGAAAGGAAGAGCGAGAAGCUGAGGAACGUUACAGGGAGCACCAAAGGAAAAUCGAAGACAUGGAAAUUGAAAAACGUAAGAAAGCAGAAGAAGCAGAAGAAAAAGCUGCAGCAGCUGCAGCUGCUGCUGAAGCUAAACGUCGUGAAGAAGAGGCAGCUCGUGAACAAGCUGAAUAUGAGCGCUUAAAACAAGAGUUUAGUAUUGAAGAAGAAGGAGUAGAUGUACAACAACAAGAUGACAAAGCAAAAGCAAUGAUUAAUGCACAAAUUAUUGCAGCUAUUGAAGAAGCAAAAAUUAUUCCAGUCGAACAUUUGGCAAUCAAUUUGAAUUUGAAGACAGAGGUUUGUAUAGAAAAGGUCAAAGCACUUAUGUCUUCUGGUCGGUUAACUGGGGUAUUGGAUGAUCGAGGCAAAGUUAUUCAUAUUACAAAUGAUGAAUAUGAAGCCGUUGCUCAGUAUAUUGAAAAAUGUGGUCGUGUCACUUUAUCAGAAUUAGUUGAGAAUGGGCAUAAGUUAAUUAGAACUGGACCAAAUACUUCAAGAGGAUAACUUUAUCCUAAUAAAUAAUGUAAACUUGUUUAUUUUAGUCUUUUUUCACUCCCUACUUUGGUUACUAUUGUUUAUGUACAGUUGUUUCCUUACCAAUUUUACAACAUAAUAUAUUACUUGAUACUAUUGUUACUAGUACUAGUGGUAAUCAUAUGUGAUAACGGUUUUCAAUGUUAUUGUUUGUGUUGCAAAAAAUACCUUUUCAACUUCGAGAUUAUUAUAAAAUGGUAUAUGUUAUUUUGAGGUUAUGUUUUAUUCACUUUAUUUGACGAAUUCUUAAUUUACAAACAAUGUAAUUAUUCCAAUGCAAAUAUAUGCACCUUGAAUAUGACCGAUGACUAUUGUGUAUUGUUUUUCUUUCAAGGUAGUCAAGUAAAGUGCUGUAAGAAAUAAGAGAAGAUACAGUAAAUUUCACUUUUCAAAUCAUGCCCUUUUCCCUCAUUUUCAUACGACAUUCCAAUGAGUGACAGAAACCACAACAAAUGAUAAUAUAUGACCUUUGAUUGCAAAGAGAACUUUAUUUAAUGAUUAAACGAUGCCUUUCGUCUUUUUAUUCCCCAGAAAAUGUGGGACGAUGG